GUAGCCGUGGAGACAGUUACUUACCAACGGCGCAACACUCAGCAACAGCAGCAGCAGCAUCUGGAAGAAGUCACCGAGCGAAGUGAGAGUGGGAAAGAAAAGAGCAAGAUCCAGGCACAACUUUUAUCAAAACAAAGGAGUGCUGGCUCGCAGAAGCUGGCCAGGAAGUUAAGUUUCUCUGAAGGACGAUUUUUGCACAUCUGAAACAGCAUGCAGAGCUCUGAAGGAGGGUCGGACUCGGCGAGCAGCGUGGCCAGCCUGCGGACGUCAUCAUCAGCCCAGGCUCCAGUGGUUCAGCCUGUCCCGGCCUCACAGCAGAGGGUGCUGGUUCAAGCCACAGGCUCAGCUCAGAAGGGAGGAGCACAGCAGCACAGCAGAGCUCCACAGCAGGUUCAGCAGGUGCAGCAUGUCUACCCAACCCAGGUCCAAUAUGUGGGAGAAGGUGGAGAUGCUGUUUACACCAAUGGGACUAUCCGCACAGCCUACUCCUACAACCCCGACUCGCAGCUGUACGGCCAAGGCAGCGGGGGACCGUACUUUGACUCCCAGGCAGGCGGAGCCCAUGUGACCACAGUGGUGUCGUCCUCGGGUGCGGGUGGAGUACCCUCUCAUGGAAUGGUGGGCAUCGCCAUGGACGUGGGCAACAGCCACAUCAUCUCCAGUGGCAGCACUUACCUGAUCCAUGGGGGCAGCAUGGAGGGCAGCCGAAACCACCUGUCUCACUCCUCUCGCUCCUCCUCGGCCAUGCUUGAAAUGGCGAUUGAAAACCUCCAAAAGUCUGAAGGAAUUGCAAGUCACAAAAGCAGCCUGCUCAACAGCCAUCUGCAGUGGCUGCUAGACAACUAUGAGACGGCGGAGGGGGUGAGCCUGCCACGCUGCUCCCUGUACAACCAUUACCUCCGUCACUGUCAGGAGCAAAAACUGGACCCUGUCAACGCGGCGUCCUUUGGAAAACUCAUCCGCUCUGUGUUCAUGGGCCUCCGAACGCGCAGACUGGGCACCAGAGGAAACUCCAAGUAUCACUACUAUGGGAUCCGGGUGAAGCCAGACUCUCCACUGAAUCGUCUGCAAGAGGACACUCAAUACAUGGCCAUGAGACAGCAGCCCGUCCACCAGAAACAGAGAUUCAAGCCUCUGCAGAAGGUGGAUGGGAUGUCUGACAGUCUGUGUGGGAGCUCGCAGCACUGUAGCAGCACUCCAGAGCAGUCUGUGGCAGCGCAGAGCCAACAUCACCAGCAGUACAUUGACACUUCUCACACGUUGCCUCCGUUUCCUUCUCCCGACCUGGACUCUCAGCCUCUCCCUGAACGCAUCAACAUGAGCGAUAUCAAGAAACUGCAAAAGCUUUACAGGGACCACUGUGAGGCCACUCUGGACGUGGUGAUGAACCUUCAGUUUCACUACAUUGAGAAACUCUGGCAGACAUUUUGGUAUGCAACAUCGCCAUCUAGUGACGGGAGCACCGCUGUUGGUGAGGAUGACCCAGAGGCCGUGAUCCCGCGGGACAAACUGGUGUCUCUGUGUAAAUUUGAGCCUGUGCGUCUGUGGAUGAGGAGCUGUGACCACGUCCUGUACCAGGCUCUAGUGGAGAUACUCAUUCCCGAUGUACUACGCCCUGUGCCCAGUACUCUCACUCAGGCCAUUCGAAACUUUGCCAAGAGUCUUGAAGGAUGGCUGACAAGCGCCAUGACCAGUUUUCCUCAUGAAAUAAUCCGUACCAAGGUUGCUGUGGUGAGUGCCUUUGCGCAGACAUUGAGGCGUUACACCAGUUUAAACCAUUUGGCUCAAGCCGCUCGUGCCGUCCUCCAAAACACCUCCCAGAUCAACCAGAUGCUCUCUGACCUCAACAGAGUUGACUUCGCUAAUGUCCAGGAGCAGGCAUCGUGGGUGUGUCAGUGCGACGAGGCGGUGGUGCAGCGUUUGGAACAGGACUUUAAGGUGACGCUGCAGCAGCAGAGCUCUCUGGACCAAUGGGCCACGUGGCUUGAUAACGUGGUCACACAGGUCCUCAAACCGCACCAGGGCAGCCCCAGCUUCCCCAAGGCCGCACGCCAGUUCCUGCUCAAGUGGUCUUUCUACAGUUCGAUGGUGAUCCGGGACCUGACUCUGCGCAGUGCCGCGAGCUUCGGCUCCUUUCAUCUGAUCCGCCUCCUGUACGACGAGUACAUGUUCUACCUGGUGGAACAUCGCGUUGCCCAGGCGACCGGAGAGACGCCCAUCGCUGUUAUGGGAGAGUUCAGUGAUCUCAGCUCGAUGAUGCCCUCCCUACUGGAAAAAGAUGCAUCUUUCUCCGAUGAGAUGAGUGACAUGGGCAGUGACGCAGACGCCUCCCGAGGUCCCACCGAACCGGCUGUAAAACGCGAGAGGAUUGAACUCAACCACCCAAUUCAGGAGAUGUGAGCCUGCACCCAAUAAUCUGCACCCGUCCCUCUGCACCCGUCCCUCUGCACCCGUCCCUCUGCACCACACCCUCUGCACCAAACCCUCUGCACCAAACCCGUAACCUGAUCACAAACGUGCGUGUCCCUCUGCCUCUGCAAUGUACAUAGAGCAGAGGGUACUAUGUCAAAACCCCCAUUUGAAUAACUUUUCUACUCACAGAGGGAUAUUUCAUUAUUUUUGUUAACUGUGAAUGAGUUUGUGCAGUUAUUUUCUUGUUUAGGACGUGUGUCUCGUGUGUUGAUCUACAUAGCCGUGCCAUAGUGUCAUUUGGAGUGCCUUAGAAACUUAACUUAACCAUCACUACUACAGAUGUCUAUGACCCCUCAGCUGUGCCUCUACCGCACGAUGAAUGUAUCAGAUUUAAACCUCAAAUGUUGGAACGAGCACCUUUUCUGUGGGUUAGGUGUGGAUGUCCUGGUGCAGCUAAAACAACUAGAGCCAUGCAGUUUACUACUCACCCAAAGGACCUGUCUGUCUCUGUCCUGUUCAGGUUUACACUGGUGCAGUACAGGGCAGGUGACUAUACUUCAGUACAAGCUGGAGUGUGCCAAGUGUUACUGCAUUAGAAGUAAUAUUGUGCAAAUUGUUCAAAUAUACUUUACUUUUGCUUGGAAAUCUAAUUAAUAAUCUAAUCUAAUUCUUGAAAAUGAUGUACAAAAUCAAAUUGGUUUUAGCUCGACCGAGGGGCUCAAAGUUUUUACCUCACAGGGCCAAAUGAAUGUACGUUUGAUGGUCAAGGGCCAAACCUAAUUAUAGUUUGCACAUAAAAAUGUAAUUCAAAUAUAAGGAAAUAGACAGGAUUGGCUUUUUUCACAUCUUCUGACAGUAUUUUCAACACAAAAUUUAAUCAAAAUAUAUUCUUAAAAUCUCAGAGCCCUGUGUGGGACAAAUCAGACAUCCUGGAGCUGGAUUAAUUGUGAUAAGAUUGUUAAUUGGUAUAAAAUUAUAACUUUCUGACAAAUAUACCAUUUGUAAAGUAAUAAAACCAUUCAAAUUAAUGUAUGAUAGGACGAUAUGUAGACCCAGAAACCAUGACUACAUCUUUUGUCAACCCAACUUCUGGUAGUGGGUUAUAACCUGUUGGUCUCUAUGUGAUCUGAUUGCUUUGCCUGGAAUAUUCCACUGUAUGGCAUUUAAACUUAUCCAUCUUGCAUUUAUUUAAUUACAGGUGUUUUAUUGUGAAGAAAAUACCGUCAUAAACAUGCAGGCUUGCCUCUCCACAGAUAUAAUCUAUAAUCUGGCCUUGGAUCAUACCAGGGAAAGCAACAACCUCCAUAGAGGUUCAGAGCAGGUGGCUAAUCCUUCACUAGAAAAGUUGCAUAGUGCUCCUUUAAUGGCUUCACCAAGUCAUUUUUUCCAUUUUACCGUGGGGCGUUGUGAGAUUCGAGUUCACUCCUCACUGUUAUCCAGGCCGUAGUAAUUAGGAGUUACCUCAGCUUUGCCCGUAUAUGGUAACCCUUUCUCCCCACAAAAAUACAUCUACCACGCUCUACUGACCUUACCCACAAUGCACCGCUCCAGUGAAACCCUGCUCAGAACUGCAGUCUAUUGCUUGGACCCUGUUAGACAUCAGUGCUUAUAAUACCUCAGAGGAUUAUUCUAUGCUGUACUCCUUUAGCUCAAAUGACAUUUAGGCAAGUGUUGAAAAUGUAGCCAUUGAAAAAGUUUGAAAAAGUCCUUUUGUUUCUGAUGUAAAUAGUUUUCAAAGAUCCAAUUCAGCAAAACUAUCAAAUCUUUAUUAAAAACAGUACAAGUGUAGCAGUAACUUCUUUAAUUAAAUCACAUCUUUAAACUGGAAAAAUACGUCUUUAAAUGGUCAUUAAUUUCAAUAUGGACUAAUACGAGAGCUUUUUAAAGGUGACGACCAAAAAAAUGUUACUUGGUUCUAGUCUAGAGGUGGGAGAGAAGCGGAUAAAUGGUUAAUCAAUUUGAUGUUUUGGAGAUAAAUUGUUCAUGCUUUAUUCAUGCUUUAUUAAGGCUAAUUAAGAUGUAUUCAUAAAGUGUGACAUUUCUCCACCUUUUUUGUUUAAUUUUAAGGUCAAUCCACAUUUUGACCUCAAUGGCAACAUAUACAGACAUUUUUAGCACAUUUUUUGUUAAAUUGCCAUGGCAAUAGAGAGAAAAAAUGUUUUUAAAUCAUUUAUUCAUAUCUCCCGCUUCUAUUCUAGUGUUUAUAUUUAAGAAAAGACAAAGUAUGUGUGUUACCUUAUCCACAAUCUUCGCAUCUACAAUGAGUGGAUGUAGUUUAACUGUUAUAAAAAGUAUAAAUAAUUAUCUUUAUAUGAGCCGUAGAAUGUGUAUGUGGCCUGAUUUUUUUUUUUCUGUGACAACAGAAAUUUCAAAUUAAUUGAAAUGAACUGUAAUUGAUUAUAGAAUGAUACAACUCAAUCAGCUGUUUGAUGUAAAGGGUAAUUCUUGAUUUAAAAUUUAAAUUGAGAACUUCUAUUUAUAUGAGCUACUUAAAGUCUCUAAUUGGUUUAAAUUUUUUUGUCUGAUCCCAUUUUUGUUAUAGCUAUGAAAUAAUCUUUUGUUUUUAUUUCUUGUAACGCGUGCCUGGCUGUCACAGUAAUUUGCCUUCUUUGGAUACAGUACUUUCUAUGUGUACUACUUGUUUUGUAAAGCUGUCUAGAUUUUUGAAUAUUUUUUAUUAUAGUUUUUGGUUCUUACAAGUAUAGUUAUUUUUGUGCAUUUUGGAUUACACUCUAGACUAAGGAGGGACGACAUGUACGUUAAAUAAAUGAAUAGUCAAGGUGUAUUUUGUACUUGGUCAAGUAAUAAAUUGUGCAAACC